AUGAAGUGCAUUGUGGUGCUCCUCGUCGCCGCGCUGGCCUUGCUCCAUGCGCAGUCGCUAUCGCAGGUGCCAUUCCGGACCGACGAAGCGUACUGGUCCUUUGGCGAUGGCCUCAACGACUGGGCGACGUCGUCGACGGCCGCGAUGGAGGCCGAGGUCGACGUCAACGGCGGGCUCUUGCACGGCGUGGCGCUUGGCGAGUCGCCCUACAUCGACUCGCCGCUGCUUGAGCUAGAGGUCGACGAUCGCCACUACCUCGUGCUGCGCAUGGCGUACGACGGUCUCUGCAGCUCUGGCCGCGUGCUCCUCGACCGCGGCCCGGGCGUAGGGACCUUUACGGACCGCAAGGCGCGAUUCGAACGACCGACGACCUAUGACUUUAGCAUUCUCAGCGACGGUGCACAGCACAUCUACUACAUUCCAAUCUACACGUUGGGCGACGAGACGAUUCGCCGCAUCCGCCUCUACCCGUGUGCGACGCGCGCGCAGCUCGGGCAGUCGUUCAGCAUCGACUGGAUCCAGAUCAUCAAAGCACCGACCAUCACCAAGGUGCGCGGCUGCAUCGACCAGUACUUUGCCACGAGCGCCCGGACGACGCCAGUGGCCAACGUGACGCUGCAGACAACCAAGACCAACGGUGUGCACCCUCGCUUUACAUCGCUCUUUGGUCACCUCUCGCUACCGUACGCGACAACGUACAACUGCAUGGCCAACGACACGAUCGUGAUCCAAGGCCGCCACUUUGGCGACACGGCCAUCGUGCACAUCAACGGCCAGCCGUGCCUCGGGCCAUCGACGAUUCACGCGCCGACGCUUGCAUCCGAUGCAUUCGAAGAAGAGGUGCUGCGUUGUACAUUGCCACCCAACGCGCUCGAUGGGCCCAACCCGGCGGUCGUGACCGUCAUCAACGAAGCAUUCCGCGGGCUUCGCAUCGACAUGCGCUUCGUCGCAUAUGCGCAGCCCGUGACGCUGACGCAAGCGCCGAUGCUCUCCAACGUGGCGGCCCACGCGAUGGACGUGACGUGGGCGCCGUCGAGCGACGUUUGGCAGAGCCUGGCGACGACCGGGUAUCGGGUGACGUGGACCGACGGCAGCUCCACCGCCUCCGUCGUCGUUGGGAACGUCACGACGACGACGAUUCGCCCGUUGGCCGCCAACGCCACGUACAACGUCACCGUGACAGCGCUUGUCGAGAACCAACGCACGGCUCCGUGGCAAGACGUGGAUCUGUAUGGACGCCGGGCCAUGGACAUCACCGCUGUCGUGGGCGGCCCGUCGCCGUUGGCCGGUCCGGCCGUGCGCACGCUUCUCCACGACAUUGGAUUUACGAGCUUCUCGGCAGCAGCAAUCCUCAACAACUCGGCGGCGUACCCGCACUCGACGCUCGGGCCCACGGGCGACGCGGGCGGCCAAGGCGCGUUCGGGCUCGUGCUCCUUGGGCAUGCCAACGUGCAAAAUUGCAACAGCACCAGCAUCUGCUGCGACAUCCGUGCGAGCACGAAUGCGUGCUACCUCACGUGCGCGGCGCUGCCAAUGGCAACGGCUCGAAGCUCAUCGCUCACGACGAUCCGCAACAGCAGCGCGGUCACCGUGCCACCCGCGGUCUUGCCCCUCCUGCCGUGCGGUCCAGCCUUGCGCCUCACGGGCUCGGCGCCGUAUCUGACUGGCGCCGCGUGGUACCCACGGCCCAUGACGGUGCGCGAAGGCUUCUCGACGACGUUUGAGCUCCGCCUUUCCAACCCGUCGUUCCACUGCAAGUUUAUGGACGACGUAUCGACCCACUGCCGCGCGCGGGGCGGGGAUGGCCUGGCCUUUGUACUUCAAGGUCUCAAUCGUCGGUCGUGGGGCUCGGCGGUGCGGGACUCGGCUACGCGGGCCUCCACAACGCGUUGAGCGUCGAGUUUGACACGUGGU